GUUUCCGCCCUCCUCACUCGCCUCUCGCCUCCCAUGGCUCGCCCGCGCCGCCUCCUCUGACCCCGCCUCCUCCCCGGAGGGCGCCGCGGGGAUCUCGCCGGAGAUGGCGCCUCCCCCGCCCCCGCCCCCGCCUCCCCCCGCGGGGGAGCACCAGCCGCAGCUCCACGGGGUGGUCAUCAUCACGCUCCCGCCCCCGGACCAGCCCUCCAAGGGCAAGACCAUCACGGCCUUCACCUACAGCGACGGCCCCGGCGCGCCGCCCCCGCCGCAGGAGCCGGCGAUGGGGUACCCGGUGGCGCCGGGGGGCAGGAGGCGGUCCAGGCGGGCGCUCUCGCCCCGGCGGGUCGCCGCGAUGGCGCUCGUGCUCGGCGCGCUCGCGGUGGCGGCCUACUACUGCUUCUACUCGGACGUGGCCGUGCAGUUCCUGGGCAUGGAGCAGGAGGAGGCGCACAAGGAGCGGAACGAGACCAGGUCCUUCCUGCUCAAGCUCUACCCCAAGGCGCGCCAGGGCCGCGCGCUGCGGGAGUUCGGGGACGUCAAGCUCGCCUCCAAGAGGGUCGACGACGGCGGGAGGAAGGGGGCGAACAAGAUGGAGGUCGGGAAGGCGGGGACCAACUCCACGGCUUUGCUCCCGAUCAAGGGCAAUGUCUUCCCCGAUGGCCAGUAUUAUACAUCUAUCUUUGUCGGCAAUCCGCCAAGACCGUACUUUCUUGAUGUUGACACUGGAAGUGACUUGACAUGGAUCCAGUGUGAUGCACCAUGUACAAACUGCGCAAAAGGACCUCAUCCUUUAUACAAGCCAACAAAAGAAAAGAUAGUCCCUCCCAGGGAUUCGUUAUGCCAAGAGUUGCAAGGAGAGCAGAACUACUGUGAGACCUGCAAGCAAUGUGACUAUGAAAUUGAAUAUGCAGACCAAAGCUCUUCAAUGGGUGUCCUUGCAAGGGAUGAUAUGCAUCUGGUCGCAACCAAUGGUGGAAGGGAAAAGCUCGAUUUUGUCUUUGGGUGUGCAUAUGAUCAGCAAGGCCAGCUACUGUCUUCACCAGCGAAGACUGAUGGGAUCCUUGGACUUAGCAGCGCAGCGAUAAGCCUUCCCAGUCAGCUAGCUAGCCAUGGGAUUAUUUCCAACAUUUUUGGUCAUUGUAUCACUAGAGAGCAAGGUGGUGGAGGUUAUAUGUUUCUGGGUGAUGAUUAUGCACCUAGAUGGGGAAUGACAUGGACUUCUAUUCGAAGUGGCCCAGAUAACUUAUAUCACACAGAGGCCACCAAUGUAAAAUAUGGAGAUCAGCAGCUCAGUGUGCGUGAGAAGGCAGGAAACUCAGUUCAAGUGAUUUUUGACAGUGGUAGCUCGUACACAUACCUCCCAAAUGAAAUAUAUGAAAAUCUCAUUGCAGCUAUCAAAUAUUCCUCCCCGGGUUUUGUCCAAGAUAACUCGGAUCGGACAUUGCCCUUAUGCUGGAAAGCUGAUUUUCCUGUGAGGUAUCUGGAAGAUGUCAAGCAGUUCUUCAAGCCCUUGAGCCUUCAUUUUGGGAAAAAAUGGCUUUUCAUGUCUAAAACAUUCACUAUUUCUCCCGAGGAUUUCUUGAUCAUCAGUGAUAAAGGAAAUGUCUGUUUGGGGCUUCUCAAUGGAACAGAAAUCAAUCACGGUUCAACUAUAAUAGUCGGAGAUGUUUCACUGCGUGGGAAGUUAGUUGUGUAUGACAAUGAACGGAGGCAGAUUGGCUGGGCAAAUUCAGACUGCACCAAGCCACAAACACAAAAGGGCUUUCCCUUCUUCCUCUGAUGGGCAUGGCUCGGCUCAGAAUAAAUUUGUCUGAAGUGUAGUGGACACCAUUAGCAGCUGCCGUUAUGUAUACUAUAUCCUCCAGGGAGUUGUCACUAGUCCCACCGUAUGUUGUUGUAAUACUUGUGUAUAAUAUGUAUACUGUGUGUAUUGUAUAUAUGUACUGUCUCCUCUACAGGGGAAUUUGAUAGGCAAGUUACAUUAUGAACAUUUACUACCUAAAGUGGUUAGUGUACACAUCUGGUUAUCCGUC